GUCAGCAGCAGCGGUAGAGCCGCUGUGCCGUGGUCGCCUGCAGGAGUACAACUAACAACACAGUCACAACUUCGCCGAUAACACUCGCUCUACAUUUACGUCUGGAAUUGGACUUUGGUGUUCGUUUCAGGGACACAAUAAAAUGGCCAUGCUAUAGCUCACAGUGAGGCUCAUUGGGACCAGCUUGGAUCCAGUGGAGUUCCAAAGGUUCCAGUUACCCUCCGGGCUCUGCCAUGGACUUCUUCAAUGACCCCAACCUCUUUGUUGGAGGUUUGGAAGGGCUGGACGAGGAUGGCUUCUCCUCAGCACCAUCACUCGUGGAUGAGCUUAAUCUCACUGCUGACUUUGAGCCCCUCCAAGUGGAGCCUCUAGACCCAGGGAAGCACCAAGACAUGAUCCCACCAGUAACUACCCAACAAGCCAUACCUGCUUACAGUCAGCAGAUAGGUCACUACAUUGGCAUUAAGGUACAGCAUCCUUUGGGGCAGACGUUUUCUGGUCCUGGGGCCACAAGUGGUGACUUAAUUACAGACCAACAUGGCCAGUACCAUAAUGCUGCCAUGAGCCAAGUACCUCAAUCCAAUGGGCUGUUCUGUAACAGUAGCAGUCCAAUGUGGGGCAACCAAGACCAGAAUGGAAAUAUGUACCAUCCAUUAUCUCAACAGCAGCAACAGCUUUGUCAGCAGCAACUGCACAACCAGCAACUUCAUGUCAGACAACAACAAACACAGCAGCAGCAACAACACCACCCGUGUCAUCAACAACAGGAGCAGCAGCACAGAAUGCAGCAGCAGCAGCUGCAACAACAACAGCUGAUGAACCAGCACCAACAAAUUAAUACACAGACUAUGUCCCUGCAGCAACAGCAGUGUCACAAUUUCUCCUUUCAGCAGGGAGGUCAAUCUCAGCGCCAACAGCAAGUUCACCAUACUCAACAGCAGGUUCAGCACCAACUAACUGUAGGAGGACCAAGGUUCCAUUCAAGGGCAAUGCCAAGUAAGUCUUAUUUGGAUAGUCAAAAUGCUGAUCUGAGUGGGACUUGCUUGCAACCGCAGCAGCAGCAGGGUAGCUACCAGUCGACAAGUGGACGACCGGAAGACCCUAACCUGCCCUUUCCCAUGCAUUCGUCAUCUAUGGUUCACUCCCUGUCCUCAUGCUCAGUCAGUUCAGCCACUGCUUACCAAGCUGCUCAGUACCCUGCCUACCCCGGGGAGCCAGAAAUACCCAGUCUCAGUCAGCAGUCAUUGUCUAUGCCCACCACCACCACGGCACCCCUCGCUUCUACAGUGCCUGAGCUAUCAGUGACAGUAUGUCAGUUUCCAUCCACAGCAGUUAUGAGGACCCCAGUUAGCCAGGCAGAGGAAUGUCCUUUCCGGGCCCUUCGUUGCUCUGGUGAAACCCAGGGAAACUGCAAGUCUUCUGAGAUGUUUGGCGCGUCUAUGAACUGCUACCCCAGCAUGUCCAGCCAGCUGCCCUCUGAGCAGCCUCUGAGCUGCAGGGCCAUCAACACUAAUGGAUACCAAUCAUUGGGAGACACUCUUCUGCCAUCAGAGGCUCAGGAUGGAGACUUGGAGGGCCUGGAGCCUCCUGACCUCCUGCCAGACCUACUGCCCCAGCUGGAGGCUGCACUCAGUCAGCAUGAUGAAUCCCACUGUUCCUGGGUUGAUUCCAGACAGGAACGGGGACAUGAGCACAGGAAACCGCCACCUGUUGACUACAAGGAAGAAAAGCCUCGGAAGAACGUUAAUGGUCCUGGUAGCCAGGUACGGGUCCUCAGUCCCCAAAUAAAGAGCAGCUCAUCGUCCUCCUCCUCUUCUUCAUCGUCGUCAUCCUCAUCCAGCUCCUCAUCGGAGAAGAGGACGCCACGGAGGACACAUCAUCAAAUGGAUUCACCUACACAGGACAAGCAGGAGAAAGCCAAUAGGAUAAUUUCAGAGGCAAUUGCUAAGGCCCGGCAGCGUGGGGAGAAGAACAUCCCCAGAGUUAUGAGCCCUGAGAGCUUCCCCAGCUCUUCCUCACAGUACAAGCACCGUAAACGCGAGCACAAAGGAAAUGGCAAGGCACGGCCUAAAGAGAAGAACUGUAGGAAGGCCUGUAUUGUACCGUCCUCCAAGCCCAAGCAGAAGGCCAAGAUUGGGAAAAUUGUUAUCAAGUUUGGGAAGAAGAAAAAGCGAAAGCCUGAGUCUUCAGAGGAGUCGGAUGAUGACCCUCCCACUCGACACACUUCUUCUAAAGAAGACGACUCUAAGAGGCGAUCAGGUCGACAGGUGAAAAGAAAGAAAUACGCUGAAGAGCUGGAGGCCAGGUUGUCAGAUGACGAGGUCAAAGUUCUUGUCAAAGCCAAGAAAACAAAUACUGGAGCAUCCAAGCAGCCUGCUGUUCAACUCUUUGUAGAGAAUCCAAGUGAAGAGGAUGCUGCUGUUGUUGACAAAAUCAUGUCUUCUCGUAUCGUCAAGAAGGAGGUCUCUCCAGGAGUGGUGGUCGAAGGGGAGGAGUUUUUUGUAAAAUACAAAAACUACUCCUACCUACACUGUGAGUGGGCCACAGAGCAGCAGCUGGUGAAGGACAAGAGGAUUCAACAGAAGAAACGUUUCAAGAUGAAACAAGCACAGAGGGCACUCUUCUUCUCACAGAUGGAAGAGGACCCCUUUAACCCUGACUAUGUAGAGGUAGACAGAGUGCUGGAGGUGUCAUAUUGUGAGGACAAAGACACGGGAGAGGAGGUGGUGUACUACCUGGUGAAGUGGUGCUCUCUGCCUUAUGAGGACAGCACCUGGGAGCUGAAGGAUGAUGUAGAUCAGAGCAAGAUUGAAGAGUUUGAGCAGCUGCAGGCAGUCAAGCCAGACUCGCGGAGGAUGGAGCGUCCCCCAACAAAUCUGUGGAAGAAGAGGGAACAUUCAAGAGAAUACAGGAAUGGCAACAGCCUCAGGGACUACCAACUCGAGGGGGUCAACUGGCUCCUCUUCAACUGGUACAACAGACGAAACUGCAUCCUGGCAGACGAGAUGGGCCUGGGAAAGACCAUCCAGUCCAUCACAUUCCUAGAAGAGAUCUAUCGUGUGGGCAUUAAAGGGCCAUUCCUCAUUAUUGCGCCACUCUCCACCAUUGCUAACUGGGAGCGCGAGUUCCGUACUUGGACCCAUCUCAAUGUCAUUGUCUACCAUGGAAGCAUGAUCAGCAGGCAGAUGCUCCAACAGUAUGAGAUGUAUUUCAGAGAUGCACAGGGCCGUGUGAUGCGAGGUGCCUACAAGUUCCAAGCCGUUAUCACAACGUUUGAGAUGAUCCUGGGAGGCUGUCCCGAACUCAACGCCAUAGAGUGGCGCUGUGUUAUCAUCGAUGAGGCUCACCGCCUCAAGAACAAGAACUGCAAGCUGCUAGAGGGCUUUAAGCUCAUGAACCUGGAGCACAAGGUCCUGCUGACAGGUACUCCUCUUCAGAACACAGUGGAGGAGCUCUUCAGCCUGCUCCACUUCCUGGAGCCAGCACGCUUCCCCUCAGAAAUCACCUUCAUGCAGGAGUUUGGAGACCUCAAGACUGAGGAGCAGGUACAGAAGCUUCAGGGGAUCCUAAAGCCCAUGAUGCUGCGUCGGUUAAAGGAGGACGUGGAGAAGAAGUUGGCUCCUAAAGAGGAAACUAUCAUCGAGGUUGAGCUCACCAACAUUCAAAAGAAGUAUUACCGUGCCAUCCUAGAGAAGAACUUCUCUUUCCUGGCUAAAGGAGCUGGUCAGGCAAAUAUGCCCAACCUGGUCAACACCAUGAUGGAGCUGAGAAAGUGCUGCAACCACCCCUACCUCAUCAAAGGGGCAGAAGAGAAGAUCCUAGAGGACUUCAGAGAGGUGUAUAGCCCCACUGCCAUCGACUUUCACUUGCAGGCUAUGGUGCAGUCUGCUGGGAAGCUGGUCCUUAUUGACAAACUGCUGCCCAAGAUGAAGGCCGGAGGGCAUAGGGUGCUUAUCUUCUCCCAAAUGGUGCGCUGCCUGGACAUCUUGGAAGACUACCUCAUUCAGAGAAGGUACUUGUAUGAGCGAAUAGAUGGACGUGUUCGUGGGAACCUGCGGCAGGCAGCUAUCGACCGCUUCAGUAAGCCCGACUCGGAACGCUUUGUUUUCCUUCUGUGCACAAGAGCUGGUGGCCUGGGAAUCAACCUCACAGCAGCAGACACAUGCAUCAUCUUUGACUCGGACUGGAACCCACAGAACGACCUGCAGGCCCAGGCUCGCUGCCAUCGGAUCGGUCAGAACAAGGCAGUGAAGGUGUACCGUCUGAUCACCAGGAACUCGUACGAGCGAGAGAUGUUUGAUCGCGCCAGCCUCAAGCUGGGCCUGGACAAAGCAGUGCUGCAGAGCAUGAGCGGUCGAGAUAACAGCCUGGGAGGAGGCGCCGGGGGAGGGGCAGUGCAGCAGCAGCAGCUGUCUAAGAAGGAGAUUGAAGAUCUGUUGCGACGUGGUGCAUACGGGGCCAUCAUGGAUGAGGAGGAUGAAGGGGCCAAAUUCUGUGAGGAGGAUAUCGAUCAGAUCCUCCAGCGCAGGACAAAGACCAUCACCAUUGAGUCUGAGGGACGAGGAUCCACCUUUGCUAAGGCCAGUUUUGUGGCGUCUGGAAACCGCACAGACAUCUCCCUGGAUGACCCCAACUUUUGGGACAAAUGGGCCAAAAAAGCUGACAUUGAUAUGGAGAUGGCCAACGGCAGAAACAGCUUGGUGAUCGACACUCCUCGUGUCAGAAAGCAGACAAGGCCGUUCAGUGCCACCAAGGAUGAGUUGGCAGAGCUUUCAGAGGGCAACAGCGACAGUGACGACACCAAACCUAAGCUCAGGCGAAACCACGACCGCCUCAACAGCUACGGACGCACAGAGUGCUUCAGAGUAGAGAAGAACUUGCUUGUUUAUGGGUGGGGUCGUUGGAAGGAUAUUCUCAACCAUGGGCGAUUUAAGAAGCAACUGACAGAGAGGGAUGUGGAGUCCAUCUGCAGGGCCCUGCUGUCUUACUGCCUGGUCCAUUACCGAGGAGAUGACAAAAUUAAAAGCUUCAUGUGGGACCUGAUUGCCCCUACUGAGGACGGACGCACCAAGGAGUUGCAGAAUCACCUGGGUCUGUCUGCUCCAGUCCCUCGGGGCAGAAAGGGUAAGAAAAUGAAGAUCCAGUCCAGCUCUUUUGACAUCCACAAAGCUGAGUGGCUUCGGAAGCACAACCCAGAGCACAUGCUUCAGGAUGACGGCUACAAGAAACACCUCAAACACCACUGCAACAAGGUGCUGCUCAGGGUUAGAAUGCUCUACUACCUGAAACAAGAGAUCAUAGGAAACCAGGCCCAGAGGGUGCUAGACGGCGUGGACUCCAGUGAGAUAAAGAUCUGGGUGCCAGACCCUGACCAUUCGGAGCUGCCAGCCUUGUGGUGGGAUACCAUUUCUGACAAGUGUCUGCUGCUGGGUGUCUAUAAGCAUGGUUAUGAGAAGUACAACACUGUUCGUGCAGAUCCUACCCUGUGCUUCCUAGAGCGUGUGGGACGACCAGAUGAGAAGGCCAUCGCUGCAGAACAGAGAGGCAACGAUUUUAUGGAUGGGGAUGUGGAUGACCCAGAGUACAAGCCUGCUCCAGCCCUGCUGAAGGAUGAUAUGGAGGAUGACGCCUCUUCUCCUGGAGACUUGAUUGUCACUGACAACGCUGGAGAUGCAGUCCCAGCGACAGAAGGCGAAACGUCCUACUGGCCUUCGCCCUCGGUGCUGACAGCCAGACUAAGGCGACUAAUCACAGCCUCUCAACGCUACACCAAGAGCAGGCAGAUCCUCCAGAUCCACCAGACCCAGACUCCCUCUCCUUCGUCCAUGAUACUGUCGGCUCCACUCUGCCCGCUGCCAUCUACACUCAACGAUACGCUCAACCCCAAGAUGGUUGCUAAGAUUGAACGGCAACAAAGGUGGACCAGACGAGAAGAAGCUGACUUCUACCGUGUGGUCUCCACUUUUGGUGUUGUAUUCGACCCAAACCUUGGCCGAUUUGACUGGGCCAAGUUCAGGGCCAUGGCUCGGCUGCACAAGAAGACUGACGAGAGCCUGCAGAAAUACCUGUGUGCUUUUACCGCCAUGUGCCGGAGGGUGUGUCGCCUGCCACCCAAAGAGGGAGACUCUGCAGUGGACCCGUCUCUGACCAUCCAGCCCAUCACAGAGGAGCGAGCAUCUCGUACACUGUACAGAGUAGAGUUGCUUCGUCAAGUGAGGGAACAAGUACUCCGCCAUCAGUUACUCUAUGAGCGCCUGCCGCUGUGCCAGAUGAGCUCUGACUUGCCUGUCUGGUGGGAGGCUGGUACCCAUGACCGUGACCUGCUAAUUGGAGCUGCCAAGCAUGGCGUCAGUCGCACAGAUUACCACAUUCUGAGAGACCCUGAGCUCAGCUUCAUGGCUGCCCAACGCAACUACAGCCAAACAAAAGCAGCACAGCAGCAAUCACAUACACCCAACCUCCUUCUGCACCCUCAGUGCCAGGCCUCUAGCUCAGUAUUGACAGGUUCUCCGCUGCCUCCACCCGCGCCGAGAGAUGCAGAGCCCAGUGAGGUUGUACCUAAAGUGGAACUAGCCUCAGAGGGGGAGGAUGGCCGGGAGAAGCAGGGGGAGAAUUGGAGCCCUCCUCGAGCACCAGCUACUCCCACAGGUUUGGAGGAGAAGCCGUUGUCUGAGAUGAGGGAUAAAGAAAGGCAGAUGGUGGCGGCACGAACCAAACCCCUGACACCCAACUCCUCUGAGCGGAAACCUAAGAAGUCCAGCAAGAGGAGCCGCAGGGAGGCUAGGCGGGGUUCAGAGUCUGACUCAGAUGGCUCUUCCUCAAGCUCUUCAUCACGCUCCUCUUCCUCUUCCUCAUCAUCAUCUUCUUCCUCCUCACAUUCCGGAUCCAGCUCAUCCUCCUCUUCAUCAUCUUGCUCCUCUGGCUCUUCGUCAUCCUCUUCGUCCUCCUCAUCCUCUUCCGAGGACAGUGAAAGUGAGGGAGGGGAAAAGAAGAAGAAAGUGCCGGCACCAACAACUGUAAAGGGCUUUGAUGAGGACAGUGUGGCGUCUCUGAGCACUACACAGGAUGAAACCCAAGACAACCAUGCGGCCGAGAACGGCAUCACUAACAACUCCUCGCAUCCUUUCCAGGGAGGAGGGUACAUGCUCGCUGCAUCCUACUGGCCAAAGGAUCGUGUGAUCAUCAACCGCCUGGACAGCAUCUGCCAGGCAGUGCUGAAGGGCAAGUGGUCAGGAACACGUCGGGUCUACGAGCCUGGAGGUGCAGUGGCCUCCUUCUACACCACCAAGCUGCUGGACAACGCCAACAGCCUGUGCGAGGACCCCUCUUCCUCACCACAGGGGUCAAAGGUGACCAAGCAUGUUGCAGAAAACAAGGAGUUCUCAGUAAAACUCAACGAUGAGGGAGGUCUGAAGUUGACCUUCCAGAAACAAGGUCUACCUCUGAAGAGGCCACUGGAGUCAGAAGAGGGCCCCCAGGCCCAGCAGCAGUACCUAGCACGGCUUCAUGAGCUGCAGAGUGCCUCGGACACAGGCCUGGCAGACAUCACCAAGCCUCAGUGCAGCUUCGAGGCUGUGCCUCCAGGUCUUACCGGUCAGAUGAGGCUUAAUGGAGUACUGGAUGGCCAGCCAGUGGUUAAGAGGCGGAGGGGGAGGAGGAAGAACGUGGAGGGGAUGGACCUGCUCUUCAUGAACAGGAGUAGAGUCCCUGCUGUUCCUGAUCAGGUGCCUCCAGGGUGGGGUGGUAUUGGCCAGGUGGGCAUGGCUGUGGCCCCUGUGCCGGGCUUCAGCCAGAGCUCCAGUCAGGUCCCAGCGGACACUGACAGCAGGGUCCCUGUCAUCAACCUCAAAGAUGGCACCCGGCUUGCUGGGGAUGACGCUCCCAGGAGGAAGGAUCUAGAACAGUGGCUAAUGGAGCACCCUGGCUUUGUGGCAGACACAGGAGCCUUUAUCCCUGGGGUAAAUAAGAUGCAAAUGCAGUUCCACUUCCAGGACGGACGGCCCAAGCAGAAGAGGCACCGCUGCAGGAACCCCAAUAAGAUUGAUGUGAACAGCCUGACGGGAGAGGAAAGGGUCCAGAUCAUCAACAGGAGAAAUGCACGCAAGGUUGGUGGAGCCUUUGCUCCUCCUCUGAAGGAUCUUUGCCGGUUCCUUCAGGAGAAUCCUGAGUAUGGAGUCCCACCUGAAUGGGCUGAUGUUGUCAAACAGUCGGGUUACCUCCCAGAGAGCAUGUUUGACAGGAUCCUGACGGGACCCAUUGUUCCUGAGGAGGUGAGUCGGCGUGGACGCCGACCUAAGAAUCCGCUGGCUAAGGUGGCGGCAGCAGCAGCCGCUGCUGCACCCAAUCCAGCAGCCUCCGCCCUGGGUCUGAACCCCCUGCUGGCCAACGGCCUCCUCUCGGGAAUGGACCUGAGCAGCCUGCAGGCCUUCCAGCAAAACCUCCAGAGCUUACAGUCCCUGCAGCUCACCGCAGGCCUGAUGGGGCUGCCGUCCGACGCUAGCAACCUGGCUGCAAGUAACUUAGCUGCCAUGUUUCCCAUGAUGCUGUCUGGUAUGGCUGGAUUGCCAAACCUAAUUGGCAUGAGCAACUUGCUCGGGAAGCCUGCUCAGGAAGGCACAGCAAGCUCUGAGGAGAAGACAAAGGGAACCAGCAGCGCUGUGACAGGAGAGCUGUCUGCCUCUAAAGCCCCCUCUCACACCUCAGACACCAAAGGAGAAAGGACAGAGGGCUCGAACUCGACUCCUUCCUCCACUUCCAGCUCCACUUCCUCUGCUUCCGCCCCACAAAGUGCUUCAGCUGCCUCUGCAGCCUCCGGUCACCCACUGUCUCUUAACCCCUUGUUACUCUCCAGUAUGCUUUACCCAGGGAUGCUUCUCACUCCAGGCCUUAACCUUCCUGUGUCUGCCACACAGCCGCAGAGCUCAAACAGUGACCCCACCCUACCUCCUGCUCGUCCUCCUCCACCUGCUGUCUCCCAGUCAUCGCAACAGGAGAUAGCUCGGCGAGCAGCAGAAAGGGACGGAGACGAGGAUGACGAGGCAUUAGAAGACGAAGAAGAAGACGACGACGACGACUCCGCAGAACAAAAGGAAAACAGUGGUCCUGAGGGUUCGGGGAAAGCUGAGUCAUCUUCAUCAGAGUCUGGGAGCUCUUCUUCAUCAGAUGAUUCAGACUCCAGUGAUUAGGAAUGAUCCUAUGAAUAUAUAAUUAUAAAUUUAUUUAUGUAUCGCCUAGAAAUGUAAACAUAUAUUCACAUAUAUAUGGAUUUUCCAGCACUUAUGUUGCGAUUUCUUUACAUGUAAAUACAAAACUAACUAAAAUGUUGUGUAAUAAAGACUACAAAAACCUUUAAAAAAAAAACAGGAAAACUGACUUAAAAUGAACUGAAAUAAAAUUUCAGUGUUUGUUCACAAGGUACAGUCUUGUUUUGAGACAUUUUGCAUGUCAGACUUUAGUAGAUUUAUGAACUCUGUGAACUUGUACCACAAUUAUGUACAAUUGCAACAAAAAACGGCAUUAUUGUAAUUAUGUCAGGAUUUAAUUUUAUUAAAAAAGUGAAACUACAUCAACAUGCUCGUUGAGCUGUACUAUUAAUAUAUUUUGAUUGUUGGGGGUCAGGGGAAUGACACUUUGACAAACACUUUGGUUUCUCUUGUAAAUAGUCUGUACUUUUACAGGUCCGUUGACACUUAUGCUUUGCAGAUCAUACGUUGGAUAUGUCAGCAAUAACUUGGGCAGCUAAUGAAUGUCACUGAAGCUGUAGAUUCUAUCUGCCAUGUUCCACCCCAGUGCACAACUCACGCAGCCUCACUUACCAGUCACUUACCUUCAUGUCAUGUUGGGUUUGUUCCUGCAUUAGUUCCCUUACUUUUUAGAAAUCCAAAUUACCUGAAGCUCCCGCUUCAAUAUCGCAUUGAGGGGGAAACCCAGGGAAAAUAUAUAUAUCUUUUUUUUCAUAAAACCCAAAAACUUAAUUCUGUCAAAUGGAUUCUGAUUAAAUUAUCUGUUGUAACAAUUUUAUUUUAAGGUUUCAUUUUUCACAUUAUCUGAUUUUAGAAUCUCAUUUUCACCAUCACCUUACAAACAUGUCACAACAUGUCCCUGGCCGCACUUUAGCUACUCACAGUAGGCGUACACCUUCACUUGCACAUCUGUUGAUUUUGACUACAGCAUCAGAGUCUAAUAAACUCUGCGCUGUGGGGGACAGAACACAACCUUUUACUGUGUGCCAAAAAAACUGCCCUUUGACCCUUUUGAGGUUUUGACUUAGUUUUGUGUUCUCUGUGUAGAAGAAGAAUUCAGGAUUACUGAUAUAGAUAUUCCAACAACAACCUCGGCAUAUUUGACUACAUCUUACCUCAACUGUGCUAGAUGGAUUGGCUUCACUGUGCAGAUGUACAUGUGCAUGGGUGUGUUAUUUUGCUGUCUAUGUACAUAAUGUCCUUGUUACUGCUGGAAUAUGUGUGUCAGAAGCCCUUUUUUUUCUUUUCUUUUUCUCUCUCAACUGAGCUUCCACUGUGUUUUCUUUGGCUGGACUCCUCUCACCUGGUAUCUCCUGCUUCCGUAACUUUCCAGUUUGAAUGUUGUGUAUUAAAUAGGGUGCCUUGCAAGGCUACGACCCGUAGAAAACUGCUACCAUUACAAGUGUUUUUGACUUUCAAACAUGUCACAAGAAAUUUGGAGGAAAUUACAGCCCUUUGGACUUUGUGUUACAUGAGCACCUGUCUACCAAAGUCUUACACAACAUACACGGCACAAGCACAAAAUAGUUCAAAUCCUCUCUAAGAUUGUAGUAAUUGUCAUAGUCUUGAGUAUUACAUUCAACACUGUGCCAAACAAGUUUGCUUCAGGAAGGGCUAAACAAUAGCAGUGUGUGUUGGUGGGAGUUUGCAGCUUGGUUGUGUGUAUUUCACUUUGUCUCGACUCUGUUCUGCUGAUUAAUGGAGCUUCAGCUAGAUGUAGAAGUGCCCUUAUCCUGUACCUCACGCUCUCAUUUGACCGCUGUGUGACAAACUAACCGCUCAGAUUUGUGCUCCACCUCCAUGCCUGUGCAUUCCGUUUGUCGUCCCUGCACAUUUUUCACGUUCAUCUGUAACCAGGAUACACAUAAACACUGGAAUUCAAGCCGAAGUACCUUUUGUAAUUUUCUCUGGCUCUAGGACUGCUGUUACACAGUGGACUGUUAGAUACACAUUUCAAAAUAAUUUCUGAAGUGAGGUUUUUUUUUAAGACUGGGUGAAACUGGUCCCCCACCCCCCCUGCUGAAUUAACUCAGUCUGAUUAGUUCUUAAGUAUUACUGUAGCAUUGUUCUGUAGUGGGUGAAACCAUGAGCAGCCCCACGGUCUGAACACAAAGGCUGAAGACACGUUUUGAUUUCCAAUGUUGCAUUAAAGUGAUUUCCUUGUAUGCCUGUUAUAUAUAUAGACCUCAUCAUGGGUUUUGCUUACAAUGCAAUUGCUUUUUUCUUUUUUUUCUUUUUUUUUUUAUUACUAACAUUACAGUAUUUUUCUAUGUCUGAGCAAUGAACUUAUACAUGCCACUGUCAUUUUGUAUAUCUGCACCUCUGCUCUCUUUAAACUCGUAGUGCCCUUAUGCAAACACCCAGCCAUUGCUUCUUCUGCAGUAGGUGAUUGGUCUAACGACUUUCAUUCAUUCGUUCGUUUUUUUUGUUACCCCACAGUGAUGGAACGAUGACUGUGUUAAACCUCUUUAGGCCACAUAUGGAGAAAAAAAAAUGGUAGACUAAAGAUUGGACUUUUUGGUUGUCUUUAAUUUUAUUUCCGAGGUUGUACUGUACAAGGACUCCCACAGCACUGUUGCUGCUAGAGAGGCAGUGUUGAAUCUACGUUAAACACAAGUAAACAAUGACCAAUAUGCAAGAGGAAUGACAAAACACACUACUGCUGUACAAUGAGGUUUACUUUCCGUUUUCAUACAUGUUAUCUCUGAGAUGACAAAACGAGCAUCAUUGGUUCUGUAUCUUGAUUUUCAAGCUUGAUAAUAUCCUAAAUAUCACCCUGGUCAGUCUCUUUUCUUCUUUUUUCUUCUUCAUUGGACAGUUGUAAUAUUUGCAAGUUGUGGUCUGUGUAGUAAAAAUAAUUCUUUAGUAGUGCAGGAAAAUGCGUCUUAAAAGUCAUUUGUAAUUUAUUGGAUUACUUUCUAUGAAGUUCUAUAGAGGAAAUUGAGGUUUAAUUAUUUUUAUUAAACAUAUUCUUCUGACUAUCAA